UUCUUCCUCAACCCCAAGAAAAGAUCAUUAAGGAGAAAUGGCCACCGUCACCACUCAAGCUUCCGCCGCCGUUUUACGGCCAUUCGCCUCCCGAUCGAGGUUCCUUACUGGGUCUUUCGGUAAACUCCACCGUGAGCUGUCGGUUAAACCGGUGGCUGCUUCAUCGCCUUCAUCUUUCAAGGUUGAAGCCAAGAAGGGAGAAUGGUUGCCUGGUCUGCCAUCUCCGGCGUACUUAAAUGGCAGUCUUGCAGGCGACAACGGAUUCGACCCACUGGGUUUAGCGGAGGACCCAGAGAAUCUGAGGUGGUUCGUGCAAGCGGAGCUCGUGAACGGGCGGUGGGCGAUGCUGGGUGUGGCCGGAAUGCUUCUGCCGGAGGUUUUCACGAAGAUCGGAAUCAUCAACGCACCUCAAUGGUACGACGCCGGAAAAGCAGAGUACUUCGCGUCAUCUUCAACUCUGUUCGUGAUCGAGUUCAUCCUGUUCCAUUACGUCGAAAUCCGGAGAUGGCAGGACAUUAAAAACCCAGGAAGCGUGAACCAAGAUCCCAUUUUCAAGCAAUACAGUUUGCCCCCAAAUGAAGUGGGGUACCCUGGUGGUAUUUUCAACCCCCUGAACUUCGCUCCCACUCUUGAAGCCAAAGAGAAGGAAAUCGCCAAUGGGAGGCUUGCAAUGUUGGCGUUUUUGGGGUUCAUCGUGCAACAUAAUGUGACCGGAAAGGGGCCAUUUGAGAACCUUUUGCAGCACAUUUCUGACCCAUGGCACAACACCAUUGUCCAGACAUUCAGUGGCAACUAAAUUUGGGUUUGAAGAUUGUUGUUGAAAUGAACUUGAAAAGAAUUGUUUUGAGAGAGUGUGUUGCAAUGGGGAAUGUGGAUAUCCGUGUACAGGGGUGGGCUUGGAUGUUGUUGUUUAAAUGACAUGAUCAUGAUCCUUCACUCAUGAAUUGGGGUAUCACCUCCUUCAACAACAUUCAUCUUUUUAAUAUUCAAAUCAACUUUGGGGAUGUUACACCA